AACCAGUUAACCCAUUCAUCAUCCUUGCAUUUACAGAGUCAUCAUUAUCUUAUGAUAAAAACUGCAAUCAACUUACACCCUUCUUCCUAUGCUCGGAAGAAAGUCUCCUUACUUAACUAGCUAACGGUGCUGUCUUUAACGCUAGUUUUGGGAGUUGAAUGGUACGUCACAGAAAUCUCACCCAGAUGGUAAAUUGUGUGGCGGAGGGCUGAUAAGAGGGAUCUGGAGGACAGGGGGACAGGCACUUAAGAGAAAACGGAGAGGGAAGUCUGUGGAAGGUGGAAGAUCUAAGAAAGGACGUCAUGUGAAGCAGAUGAUUUCAAUUUUUAUAAGGAAUAUUUCUUUAUGUCUGUUAGGUUUUCACACCAUGCUUCCAAAGUCCAGUGGAAAUUGUGCUGGUAACAUCAGUUGUUGGAAAUGGAUGCAAAUCGGAUGGAACUGCAAGUUUGCUCCUCAGUUUGAUCCUCUAAAGAUGGCAAAUGACAGUAAAAGCGUCAUGGCAUUCAAUCUAAGCUUCCUCUUUGAUCGCCGAGAUGUUUUGGAAGAAGGCAUGCCACAACUUCUAUCCUGGGUGAGGCGGGGUUUCCUUACGGUUGGCAAGGUAACGCCAUAUCCACUCAAAGAAGUCAGCAAAGCACACAGUGAUUUAGAAUCUGGACAAACAGUGGGCAAGCUGGUACUCACUAUGGACGAGUAAGAUGAAGAAAGGACGCUAUCCCUAUAGAAAGAUCUAAGAAGCAUACUUUAAGAUUUCAUUCGAUGAAUGAUCUUUUAGUUUAUUAGAGCUACACAAAGAUUAUAACCAUCAUAUAUUAUCAAAUACUAUGUAUAUGUUGAGAUAUUGCCAUUAACAAAGACAUCUAAUGAGUCUUGGAAACCUU